AUGGCUACGCCCACUCCAGAGACCCGCGAGCGGCGCAUCGUCGUCCUCAUCUCGGGCUCAGGGACGAACCUCCAAGCCCUAAUCGACGCCCAAAACACCCCCGCCCUCUCAUCGACCCGCAUUUCGCUCGUGCUCUCGAACCGCAAGGCCGCGUACGGUCUCACUCGCGCCGCCCAAGCCGUGCCCCCCAUCCCGACCGCCACGCGCGACGACUACGACCGCGCCGUCGCCGCGCGGGUCGUAGAGGAGACCCCGGACCUCGUCGUGCUCGCGGGAUGGAUGCACAUCAUGGGCGACGGCUUCCUCGACGUCAUCGGCGCGCGCGGCGUCCCGAUCAAGCACUCGGGCGUCAUGGUCCACUAUGUGGUCAAGGAGGUGGAUCGUGGUGAGCCGAUUCUCGUCCGCGAAGUUGAGAUCCUCCCCGGAGAACCCAUCGAGGCCUUCGAGGAGCGUCUUCACGGCCUCGAGUGGAAAAUCAUCGUCGAGGCCACGGCGAAGGUACUCGACAAGGUGCACCAAUCAAAGUGA